UCUCUCCACUUUUACCUAUUUGCUUCUCAACUUGUAUGUGCCCUCAACGUUACAGCGGAAACCAAAAAACAAGAAAGAGAGAGACGAAGAAACCUCAAAACCAUUCGUCCUCUCCAAAAAGUUGAUCGCAGCAAUUCAACUCUAUCUCGCUUUACCAGGCUCCUCCUCGUUAGAUCUACUCCCUUCUUUUCCCCUCAAUUCCCUCAGAAGUUCGAACGAUUUUGAACUCAUGAGAUGAAGCGAUUACGAGACGAUGUUCAUGCGAAUUCGCAAUUUAAGCGGCCGUUCGUUUCUUCUCGCUCCGAAUCGAAUGGGCAGCCCCAUAUUCCUGGCGGAGGAGGUGGCGGUGGCGGCGGAGGAGGUGCUCAAAAACUAACAACCAAUGAUGCUUUAUCCUACCUCAAAGAAGUUAAGGACAUGUUUCAAGAUCAAAGAGAAAAAUAUGACAUGUUCCUUGAUGUCAUGAAAGACUUUAAGGCUCAAAGAAUUGACACUACUGGUGUCAUAGCGAGGGUGAAAGAACUAUUCAAAGGGCACAACAAUCUAAUCUUUGGCUUUAACACCUUCUUGCCAAAGGGUUAUGAAAUUACCGUCAUUGAGGAGGAAGAGGCCCCGGCAAAGAGAACUGUUGAGUUUGACGAAGCUAUAAGUUUUGUAAACAAGAUAAAGAAACGUUUCCAAAACGAUGACCAUGUAUACAAGUCAUUUCUAGAUAUCUUGAAUAUGUAUAGAAAGGAGCACAAGGGUAUUACUGAGGUCUACCAUGAGGUUUCUGCACUUUUUACUGACCAGCCAGAUUUACUUGAGGAGUUCACGAGAUUUUUGCCUGAUACUUCAGCUACAGCAUCCGUACCACAGGUUCCAUUUUCCCGACAUUCCUUCUAUCGAUAUGAUGAGCGGAGUUCUGUCAUGGCCAUACCACGGCAGGCACCAACGGACAAACAACGCCGUCGAGAGAGGACUACCACUCCUCAAACAGAUCGGGCUUUGAGUCUUGACCGUAGUGACAUGGAUGACGAUAAAACCGUGCUGAAACUGCAAAAGGAUCAGAGGAAGCGUGUGGAGAAAGAUAGCAGGGAGAGAAGAAAUCGUGAUCAGGAUUUCAGAGAAUCUGAGCAUGAGAGCAAUAGGAAAUUCAGUAUGCAACACCCUCAUGACAAAAGGAAAUCUGCCCGGAAGGUGGAAGACUUUGGAGGGAAUCCUGCUCUGGCCACUUAUGAUGACAAAGAUGCCUUGAGAAGCAUGUACAAGCAAGAGUUUGUUUUCUGCGACAAAGUGAAGGAGAGGCUGUCCAGUUCAGAUGAUUACCAGACAUUCUUGAAGUGUCUUCAUAUUUACAGCACAGAAAUAAUCACGAGAGUGGAAUUGCACAAUUUGGUUUUGGAUUUACUUGGACAAUAUCCAGACCUUAUGGAUGGGUUCAAUGAAUUCUUGGAGCGUUCUGAGAAUAUUGAUGGAUUCCUUGCUGGAGUUAUGAAUAAAAAACCUUUGUGGCCUGAAGGCCGUUUGUCCAAAUCAGUGAAGGUAGACGACAAAGAUAAGGAGCACAGGCGUGAAACUGAUGGAGCAAAAGAAAAAGACAGAUACAAGGAGAAGUAUAUGGGAAAAUCCAUUCAAGAACUUGACCUUUCUAACCGUCAAUGUUGUACUCCGAGCUAUCGGCUUCUUCCCGAGGAUUAUCCCAUACCUUCAGCAAGUCAGAGAUCCGAGCUUGGUGCUCAAGUGCUUAAUGACCAUUGGGUAUCUGUAACUUCAGGCAGUGAGGAUUACUCUUUUAAACACAUGCGCAGAAACCAGUAUGAAGAAAGCCUGUUUAGAUGUGAGGAUGAUAGGUUUGAGCUUGACAUGUUGUUGGAGUGUGUGAGCUCAGCUGCUAAGCGAGUGGAGGAAUUGUUGAACCGCCUUAAUGAUAAUUCAAUUAGCUCAGAUAGUCCAAUCCGUUUUGAAGACCAUUUCACAGCUCUCAAUCUAAGGUGUAUAGAACGUCUAUACGGUGAUCAUGGUCUGGAUGUGAUGGACAUAUUACGUAAGAAUCCAUCUGUUGCGUUGCCUGUUAUAUUAACUCGUCUGAAGCAGAAAGAAGAGGAGUGGAACAAAUGCCGUUCUGAUUUUAACAAGGUUUGGGCUGAAAUAUAUGCUAAGAACCACUACAAAUCUCUUGAUCAUCGCAGCUUCUAUUUCAGGCAACAGGAUUCAAAGAACUUGAGCGCAAAAUCCUUGGUGGCUGAAAUCAAAGAAAUUAAGGAGAAAACACAGAAAGCUGAUGAUGUGGUUCUUGCUAUAUCUGCUGGAAGCAGACAUCCUAUUAGUCCACAUCAGGAGUUUGCGUACUCUGAUACUGACCUUCAUGAAGACUUACAGAAGCUUAUCAAAUAUUCCUGUGAAGAGGUUUGCACAACAAAAGAACAAUUGAACAAGGUUAUGAGGCUGUGGACUACCUUUUUGGAGCCAAUGCUGGGUAUUUCUUCUUGGCCUCGCAGUUCAGAUGUAAAUGAAGAUGUUGGAACGGGCAGACAUCAUGCUAGGGGAAGUACUAAUUCCAACAGUGGAGAAGGUGAUGGUAGUCCUGGUCCUGGUUUGUUGAGCUCUAAGCAGUCAAAACCUCUCUGCAAUGGGGAUGGAAACAAACUCCCAGAGCAAGCUAAUUCCUCCAAGGUUAGUUUGGGAAAUGGUGAUACUGCGGCCAAAGAUGAUAGUUUCCAUUCAGAGAAAGAGAGGAAGAUUUUGGCUAAAGUGGAUACAGUGCCUGGAUUUACCACUACAGUUGCUUCCAGUGAACAAUUAGCAAAAGCCAAUGAAUUACUUGCUAAUGUAGCAGAUUCCAUUCACGGGCGAAUCAUGGAACUGACAUCAGGACAUGCUGCAACUCCUCCUGGACCUAGUCAUGGCGCUGUUGAAGGUAAGAAUGAAGCGAGGUCGAAUGUUGAUGAUGCACCUGCACUACAGGUUGUCCAUGUUUCAAGACCAGUUUCAUUUGAAAACGGAACGUCCACAGAGGGUACCAAGGUUAACAGAUAUCACAAGGACGCAGUUGAACCCACCAAAAAGGAGAGAGAAGAAGGUGAGUUAUCGCCAGGGGGAAUCCAUAAAACAAAGCUUAGUGCAGAAAGCAUGCAUUACCAAUCCGGGAAUGGCCAAGAGAUAGGUUGUCCGGAUGGUGGAGGAGAAAAUGACAUAGAUGGUGAUGAUGAGGAUAGUGGAAAUGUCUCUGAGGGUGAAGAUGUUUCUGGCAGUGAGUCUGCUGCUGAUGGGUGCUCUAGGGAGGAACAUGAGGAGGAUGAAGAUGCAGAACAUGAUGAAGUGGAUGGUAAAGUAGAGAGUGAAGGUGAGGCUGAGGGGAUGCCUGAUGGCAUAUCAACGCCACUGUCAGAAAAUUUUCUCCGGACCGUGAAGCCUCUUGCAAAGCAUGUCACUUCAGCAUUUCAUGAUAAUGUGAAGAAAGAUUCUAGGGUUUUUUACGGAAACGACUCUUUUUAUGUGCUUUUCAGGCUUCAUCAAAUACUGUAUGAAAGGUUAUUGUCAGCAAAAAUGUUCUCAACUGCAGCUGAAAUGAAAUACGCAAUGGCGAAGGAUGCUAACCCCUCUGAUCUGUAUGGCAGAUUUAUGGGCGCCCUAUACAACUUGCUUGAUGGAUCAGCUGACAAUGCAAAAUUUGAGGAUGAUUGUCGGGCUAUUAUUGGAAAUCAAUCUUAUGUGCUAUUUACGUUGGACAAGUUAAUAUAUAAGUUGGUGAAACAGCUUCAAACGGUCGCCAGUGAUGAGACUGAUAAUAAGCUUCUUCAGUUAUACGAGUAUGAACAAUCUCGGACGCGUGAGAAUUAUGUUGAUGCAGUUUAUUAUGACAAUGUACAUGUUGUCCUUCAUGAUGAGAACAUAUACCGAUUUGAAUGUUCAUCUUCCCCAUCCAGUUUCUCCAUUCAACUGAUGGAUGAUGGCAGUGACAAGUCUGAUGUGAUGGCUGUUUCUGUGGACCCUAAUUUUGCGGCGUAUUUGCACAAUGAUUUUCUGCCGGUCGUUUCCUGUAAAAAGGAGCCAUUUGGUAUCUUUCUGCAGAGAAGUAAGCGCCAGUAUGCAGGCCUAGAUGAAUCUUCUGCCAUAUGCAAGGCUAUGGAAGGUGUAUGUGUGGUCAAUGGUUUGGAAUGUAAGAUGGCUUGCAGCUCAUCAAAGAUCUCCUAUGUCCUAGAUACAGAAGACUUGUUCUUCCGAAUGAAAAGGCAAAGAUGUAUGUCAGCCGGCAGAUCUUCAGGCCGUUAUCAGGCAAAAGUAGAACGCUUUCACAGAUUUUUAACCACCUCGUUAUGACAUGUUCAAGGCUUCGCAGCACAGAGAAUGAUGCAAGGUUUAUUGUCACAGGCAUGGUCAAAACUGUAAAGCUCUGUUUGGCACCGUGAUUGUUGUAUCCAUUAUUCCUCCAGUGACCAAAUAAUGACUUGACAAAGGUAAUAGCUCUGGCUGAUGUAUCCGGUGAGCUCACGGCUGCUUAUCUGGGCCAUUGUAUUGGUGUAAAUAGAUUAACCCAUAAUGUUUGGUAGAGUUGCUGUUGUUGUUUACUUAUUAGCUGUGCUCACUCUCGUAUAACUUAACUCCUUAUGGGGGUACCAAGUUCUGUUGUAGCGCACAAAUUUGACGUCUUGUAAAUUUUUUUUUUUUUGAAAGUUGACUUGUAAUUUAAAAUGAUCAAAUAGGGUGGGGGAAAGGAAUGUAACAAUGGAAGCUUACAUUUGAAACUA